AUGUUGAGGUCGACUCAAUUGACUGUGAUGUGGGCAAACCUUUUGCGAGCCGGGGUGAUGGGGCAUGGGGAUAUCGUCGGUAUUCUCGCAAAUUGCGCCGAGGUAAAUGGGAACUCACAAGACCACGACGGCAGUGUAUCGCUGGUGUGCGCUGCAAGACGAGGUAACUGCCCAGUCAUCGAAGAGCUGAUGGGGCAUAGUGAGAUCGACACGGAGUCGUCAGAGAAGUAUGGGUGGACGUCUGUCAUGCUAGUACGAGAAGAGUGCAUAGGGUCAUUGCCAGAGCCAUUUGCAAGUCGCGAAGGCCUUUAA